AGGGGUUCAGUUUUCAAUGUGAAAUUGUGAACCGACAAUUUAAAACGCUGCCGUGUCGUUGCCUCUAGGGCUCAUUCCAAGGUUCGCGGUUUUACUCUCCAUUUUCUGCUCUGUAGGAGACGUAAGGUUCGCAUCGUUCGCUUCUGUUGGAGGGUUAAGGAGAGAAGCCAAGAUGAGCGGAGGAGAGAAAGGGUCAGCAACUAAGACGCCGGCGGACUUUCUCAAGUCAAUUCGCGGUCGACCGGUGGUCGUCAAGCUCAAUUCUGGAGUUGAUUACCGAGGUAUUCUGGCAUGUCUUGAUGGUUAUAUGAAUAUAGCAAUGGAACAAACUGAAGAAUAUGUCAAUGGACAGUUGAAAAACAAGUAUGGUGAUGCUUUCAUUCGUGGAAACAAUGUUUUGUACAUCAGUACUUCAAAGACGAGUCUUCCGGAAUGAGCCCAAAUUGUACUUGUGGUUUCUGCUAAUUGUUAAAGAUGUCAUAUUGUGGAUUCCGGAAAUGAGGAUAAACCGUUCCAACUUCAGCAAUUAAUUGAACUUUUUGUUAUCAAGUUCAAUUUUAGCAUCGAUCAUCGUUGUAAUUACAUUGUCAGGGAUAUGAUGGGUACUCCAGUAGUCACUUUUUUUUGAAUUCAACAGUUUGUGUGAAUGUUUGGAGUUCAGAUUGUUCUUUUGAGGUUUUGGUUUGUAUUGUAUUCCCCUUUUCUAGUAA